AUUUUGUCCAUACUUUAUACUUUUCUCAUCUAUUAUUUUUACGCGUCCGUACUAACACCUUCUUGUUUUUGCGAGGUACUACCAUCGUGAGUAUUGGAUUGUUUUGCAGAAUUCAUAGCUUGUGCAUGCUUCAGAGUUCCUCCGACUGCAAACCAUAUCAGAUCAAAUCAAAAGCUAAGUCCUAUUUCGUAUUUAUUUUAAAUAAUCAUUCUAUUUUGUUUUUAUCAAAUCAGGGUUAAAUUUAAUUGCCAUUGAAUUAGCCAUACACUCUGCUUCCUAUUAUUUCUUCUGUCAAUUCUUAGAUGAUCAGAGUCAAUGCUUCAUACUCGAGGCAAACCUUUGCCCACCAACCCUGUCAGGGCGAAUGCCAAGCUAAGUACUCUUCAUUCAUUUACUUUUAAUUUCUUUAUUCUUUUGUUUUUUUAGAGUUAAUAAAGUUUGCCUCCGAACCUGAUAAUGCACUCACCCUCUUUUGUUUGCCAUUUUUCCCACCUUUUCAGGGUUUGUCAAAUGCCAAAGCUACGCCAUGGCAUCAUGAAUCUCGAACAAUCAGUUAAAAAUCUCCAAGCUCAGAACAACCAAUUCCAAGAGAUGAUCUUUAACUUGGCCAAGGGGCAAGAAGAACUAAAGGCACUUCUGAUCGAGAAGGAGGAGGAUCAACAUAGGCAACAAGAUGGUCAAGGUAAAUGGAAAUCCAAACCCAAGCGAUUAUUCACUCCGUUGCACAUGCCGAUGUCUCAAGUUCUGCAACAACUGCUCAAUCAGAACUUGAUAACUCUAUUGCCUCCAUAUUCAUUGCCUACUAAUCCCGCUCCUGGGUAUAAGUAUCAUGCGAGAUGUGCUUAUCAUUCGAAUAGUCCUGGUCAUGAUACAAAGGAUUGUGGACCGUUGAAACACAAGAUUCAAGACUUAAUUGAUGAAAAUAUCAUUGACUUCGACUCACCUGAAGAACCUCGCAUGACUAAGGUUGUGUACAAUCGGAAAGGUCGCAACGAACACAAUCAAUCUGUGAGGACAUUUCUGAUCUCUACACCAGUUCCACAACAAAGAUGCAAGUCAGAUACACCUAGGCGUCAAUUCACAAAAAUCAAUAUGACGCUGGCUCAGGCAUUACGACACUUGUUGAAGUUAGAGUUGAUUACUUUGAAGGACCCUCCGAAGAACCCUAGUACUUCUUAUUCUCGUUAUAAUCCUAAUGCAAGAUGUGCAUAUCACUCUAAUAGUCCUGGACAUGACACUGACAAUUGCUGGACAUUGAGGAACAAGAUUCAAGAUAUGAUCGAUGCUGGUGAAAUUGAAUUCCCUCAUCCCAAGACCCCCGCAGUGAUCAAUGCUCCCAUUCCUGGUCACCACAAGAUUGAUUAAUGUUUAGAAGGAUGAACUUUUUAGAUCAUUAGAUUCACUCUCAUUUGCAAUUUCUAUUCUGUUUGUUUAAACACUCCA